AUGGAUGCUAUCAUAUGGAAUGUUAGGUCAGUGAAUACCAUGCAGGCUUUUGAAAGACUGAUUCUCAUGCAUAGACAUCAUCACUUUGAAUUUAUAGGAAUUAUAGAGCCUAUGCAGCAGUCUAACAAAGUGGAGAGGUACAGGAAUAGAAUUGGUUUGGCACAUGCAGUGGUCAAUGUUUCAAACAAAAUAUGGGCUUUCAUAGAUGAAGUUUUUGAGGUGACAAUUCUCUACAAUAUGGUGCAGCAAUUGACUCUAAAGCUGUUUCACACUGAAACACAUGUGGAACUUAUACUCACACUAGUUUAUGCUAAAUGUGAUCCUAUAGAAAGGAUAGAACUGUGGGAUUCCCUAUAUGCAAUGGCAACAGAUAUGACAAGUCCAUGGCUAGUGGGAGGAGAUUUCAAUGUCAUAUGGGAUGAGGAAGAAAAAUUUGGAGGGCUACCUGUUUCUUUAAAUGAGGUAGAUGAUUUUAGACAUUGUAUCAAUACUUGUAAUUUGGCAGACUUAGGAUUUAAAGGGAGCAUCUAUACAUGGUGGAAUGGCAGAUCAGAGGAAGACUGUAUAUUUAAAAGAUUGGAUAGGUGUCUUGGAAACAUGGAAUUGCAGCAGACAUUCCCUGGCCUUGAGAUCACACACUUAUCCAAGACAGGGUCUGAUCAUUGUCCCAUGUUAUUGAAGUGUGACAUAGAGGUUGAACCUAUUAAGAAGCCUUUUAGAUUUCUUAAUUUCUGGACAAAACAUGAAAAUUUUAAGGCAGUGGUUAAGGAGAACUGGACUGCUGAUGUUGCUGCAAAUCCAUUCAUCAUGUUUAACCACAAGUUAAAAAAUUUAAAGAAGAUACUGUCAUCAUGGAGCAGAUCAACCUAUGGAGAUAUCUUUCAAAAGAUAGCAAGCUUAGAGGAGGUGGUCCUAGUACAUGAAAAACAAUUUGAGGCAGUCCCAACUCAGAUGAAUAGGGAAAGGUUACAUAAAGUCAAGGCAGAAUUGAUUAGAUACCUGGCAUUGGAGGAGGAAUUUUGGAAACAAAAAGCAGGAAUGGCAUGGUUCAAAGAUGGGGAUAGAAAUACAAGGUUUUUUCAUGCACAAGUUAGAGGAAGAAGGAAGAAAUUACAGCUGAAAAGAAUUAAGGACAGUAAUGGCAACUGGAUAGAGGAGGAUACACAAAUUGCAGAAGAGGCUGUCAACUUUUAUAGGGAUCAAUUCACAGAAGAUGUAGUGCCUUCAGUAUUUCAUAUUAUGGAUCAUGUGCCUACACUGAUAGAUGAGGAACAAAAUGAGAUGCUGACAGCAAAUCCUACUAGAGAAGAAGUUAAGAAGGCAGUUUAUGGUUUAAAUGGAGAUUCUGCAGGUGGACCUGAUGGUUUUACUGGAGCCUUUUUCCAUACUUGUUGGGAUAUAGUGGGAGAAGAUAUCUAUGCAAUGGUUCUGGCUUUCUUUAAUGGUCAGCAACUACCUAAAAGUAUCACUCACACUAAUCUG